AUGACCCGAAGCGACGACGUCACGCCAACCCCGGCACUGACAGGACGAUUACUAAGAGCGCUGGGGCUCCCUUCGUCUUCUCUCUCUCGGCGCCAACGUCUGCAGCGGGGCCUCUGCCACGGCGUUUCUACCACCGUCUGGGCUGCGACCGAGACUACCUGGACUACCGACACAACAGACGCGAACGCGCUGGAGCUCAUUGCUUGGCCGUACUCUACGCCCGCCCCCGCUACAGACCCGUCGACGCCGACUUGGACGACGACGACCGAUUGCUGUUCCCCUAGCCGCGAUUGCGCACACGACCCACUUGAAACAACGACCCGACGGCGGCAUUCUCAACAACCACUCGACAGACCGCAGGGCCACAGGCGAGCUAAUUCUCUCGAUUCGACGACUACCGAUCUUUCGACCGAUUCUUCCUCUUCAACAUCUUCGUCAGUCUCCUCACGAUCUCGUUGGAACUUGUUCUCUUCAGCGACCAACGAAUUGACGGCCUCAAACCGACGGUCCAACGGCGUGGAUGACACGAGGACCGCCGGCUGCGCCGCCAUCAUCUUCACAGGUGCCACCUAUGGCGCUGGCUUGAAGACGCAGAAGGAAUGGAAAGAGGAACGGCAAAGCUUCUGGGGGUCUCCGUACGAUGAGCAGAUCUCCCUCCUGCAGGGCCAGCGUGGCCGGCUAGUCUCGGAGCGCCGGAAUUGGGAGAGAAAGCUCGAGUAUCUGGAUGAGAGGAUAAAAGAAAGAGAGGAGAAGAAGCCAGAAAGUUGA